UAUGGCGCCUCCUGUCGAGCUGAUUGCACGUAUCCUCACUGACACCUGGGUCAACUUACCUGCUUCCACUGAAGAGCACAUCAAAACUUUCAUGAAUUGCUCCCUCAUGAUCCCCUUCUCAUACAAUGGAGGACAGUUAUACACCAUCAAGUCGCUGUCCUCAACUUCGAAUCCAAUGCUUUGCCGCACUCUAACAUUUCGGGUUAACUAUGUGACCACACCGCAGCGUCUUGUGCUUGCCGGAUGCGAACCUUCUAUUGUGGUAAAUCAGGGGAUAGAAACCUUUCUUCAAAAGCUAUUCUGUGGCCCUGACACACCUCGCCAUGGAACGCAUAUCUUUGUCGACUAUUUUGACGAUUCCCGUGUGCAUGUCCCCUGGAUUCCUCCCCAGAUCACACGGCUAACGAUCGUCUACCGCUAUCGAUCUUGGAUAUCUGACUGGAUAGAAACUCGACGUUUCCGUCUCUGCGAUUGUGAGAGAUCUACCGUCGACCACGACCAAGUCGAUGAUCUCACCAUCUUGGGGGCCACGUCUGAGUUAACAAGAGGACUGAUUACCCCUCUCAACAAAUGGAAAUGUCUGUCUUCAUUGACUAUAGAUUCGUCUGUCCGAGAUAUCGGUAUUCCAGUCUCCUCUCGGAUCUCUGUCAUUAGACGGAGUGACGGUCUACGGUACGAGACUGUAGAGCCUAAUUACGCGUGUCGUGUUAUGUUUGGUGAUCAAUAUCACCGGGCAUAUUGGUUCUACAUGUCAAGCAUUGAUAUUUUUGACAAACGAGAUAUACCAAUGCUCAAACAAGUCAUUCCACUUGGGUCCGUGGGCUACAUUGACCCGCUGACCAGGAAAUUCAUUGUAUUGUUCAAUGCCAUGGAUCCAGGAUCAUUAACGGAUGCACGACUUGACUCGAUCCCUUCUCUUCUUGAGAGUGGCGUGACAAAGUUAAUCGUCAACCCGAAUCAUUCUUCGGGCCGAGUGUGGGAUCAUAAACACCCGUAUUUAGAUGUGGCAUCUUUGUUCGGGGCUUUGAACGAAGGGAAAUCAGUGUAUCAUAUCCCAGUCGGACUCGACAGACCAGAACAGCUCUAUCUUGCGCUGGGGCGAGCUUGCCGCAAAGAGCUCAUAGGAACUCAUUUUGAGACCUGGUUAAUGGACCAUAAACAGAAAAUUCUGGAUAUUUUCGGAGAUGAACACCCAUAUAUUCGAAAGCGCAUAGACCUUGUGACAACCACAAUAGAUUCUUCUCAGUAUGCUUGGUUUGCACACCUAGGCUUCAAAUCUCAGCGACGUUACAUGCGGACACAAACAUUUUACUUUCGGGUGGCUCCUCCACACAUCCCUGGGAGUCCCUGGGGAGAGUUCAAAGUGCCGAAAUAUAAUCACACUGAUGACCCCCACGAUCUUAUCUCUUGGAGUCAUGUCUCCACCGUGGUCCCUCGUCGGGCGCUCUUUUUGGCGGCGAAAGCGGCUCACUUCUGA